CCUCCUCUCUCGCUCUCUUCCCACACUCCCCCCCCCCCCCCCAAAAUAAAAAAAAACAACACAACCCACCCCACGCGCCGGGGGGAUGAAGGAAAAGAGCGGCGCAAAAAAGCGGCUGGAGUAGCCCGCCCUCCCCCUCCACACACCCCGCACACCGCCCUCCCCUUCCUCCCCUCCCUCAGUGAACGAGGCCCCUCGCACAACGACUCUUGGAGAGGAAGGGGGGGAAGGAGAAAAAAAAAAAAAAAGGCGGAAAAGAAGGAGAGAAAAAAAAAAGGGGGGGGGAUAAAAAAAAAAAAAAAAAAGAAAUUAAAUUAAAUCCCCGCUGCCUCUCCAGCGGUGCCGCGGCGGGUAAGGGUAGCGGCGGUGGCUGGGCAGAGAGGAGGCAGAGCACGGGGGGCGAGCCGGGGAGCGCCGCGCUCUCCCUCCCAAACUUUGAUGAUGACCAUGACUACGAUGGCUGACGGGCUGGACGCGCAAGACUCCUCGAAAUCCGCCUUCAUGGAGUUCGGGCAGCAGCAGCCGCCGCCGCCGCAGCCGCCGCCGCCGCCCCACUCCCAGCAGAGCUCGCCGGCCAUGGCCGGCGCCCACUACCCGCUGCACUGCCUGCACUCCGCCGCCGGUUCGCAUCCGCACCACCAGCAUCACCACCACAGCUCGCCCUACUCCGGCACCGCCGGCUCCUACAACCACCGUUCGCUGGCAGCCUACCCCUACGUGAGCCACUCGCAGCACAGCCCGUACCUCCAGUCCUACCACAACAGCAGCGCGGCCAGCCAGACGCGAGCAGACGACUCAGAUCAGCAAAAAACCACAGUGAUUGAAAACGGUGAAAUCAGAUUCAAUGGAAAAGGGAAAAAGAUUCGGAAGCCUCGAACCAUUUACUCUAGUCUACAACUCCAGGCUUUAAACCAUCGCUUUCAGCAGACUCAGUACCUGGCACUUCCAGAGAGAGCUGAGCUGGCAGCUUCAUUAGGACUUACCCAGACACAGGUGAAGAUCUGGUUUCAGAACAAGCGCUCCAAGUUCAAGAAGCUGCUGAAGCAGGGCAGCAACCCCCACGAGAGCGACCCUCUGCCCGGCUCCGCAGCCCUCUCCCCGCGCUCUCCGGCUCUGCCUCCAGUCUGGGACGUUUCAGCUUCUGCCAAGGGAGUCAAUAUGCCUCCCAACAGCUACAUGCCUGGCUAUUCUCACUGGUAUUCUUCUCCACAUCAAGACACAAUGCAGAGACCACAAAUGAUGUGAAUUGUCCAAGAGAAAUAAUCUCCCAAGAACGCCUCGUCUCGACAUGGCAAGAAGUUCCCCUGCUUUGCCAAGCCGUGCCAGCUAACAGGCUCUGUGUGAACUUGUAGAUGCGGCAAAGAGACAGAGUGGCUUCAUUUUCUUUUAUUUUUGCUUUUUUUUUUUUUUUUUUUAAGUAACCUCAACGAUUGAUCUCGAACAGAAAGACACAAUUUUCAUUCUGGCGCACAGAAGACACUUCUCUUUAGGAUAUUUUCCUUUGGACUCCAGGGCACCAGCCUCUUUCUCUGUGGAGUAUACGUCAAAACAAACUUUUUACAGACUUCGCCCACAAGAAGAACCUGAAUCUACCAUGGCAGCCGUUUUUACUUGUUUAAUGAGCUAAAGACAUUACAUGAUGAAAGAGGGACUAGUCAAAGCUCCUUCAUUUUUAUUCACCAAAUCCGGACUGGGG